CUGACAUUCUUGUUUUGUAGGAGCGGUGUUGUAGAUGCGGAGUAUGAACAUACAAAGAAAGCAUGUUUUAUUUUUCAGCAACCGUGGCGAAUUUUUAGGUUUUAUAUACAGGAAAAUAUGCGCGAAAUUUUAAUACGUUGACUUCUAGUUACGUAAUCAGCAUUUACUUCCAUUCAAUUAUUCCCUGACUGGAAUUCGUAAUUUGACAGAGUUUAGCGCCAAGGUGGCUGGUUCCGGCACGCGGAAUUAUCUCGCGUUGCUUGCACAGUGAGAGUUGUACGAUUGACGUCGGCUCAACUAAAGGAAAGAGGCACUUUUUAAAGGGAUCGGUCAGCUACACGUGAAGCCAGCUAGCCAGCAUUGGGAGUGUGUUUGAGGUUGAAAGGUGCGGCUGGCUGGAAUAUUUUGUGUAAAUUAAAAUGGCUACAGUAUCGUUACCAGCAAACGUCAGCGUCAUGUUACUGGACAUAGAAGGGACCACGACACCAAUUACAUUUGUCAAGGACAUUUUAUUUCCAUAUAUUAAGGAGCAUAUCGAGGACUAUUUGUCUACACAUUGGGAAGAGGACGAGUGUAAACAAGAUGUGCAGCUACUAAAAAAACAGGCAGAGCAGGAUGUCCGGGAGCACCGAGCAUGCCGAGUGCACAGCCCCGACCAGACGGUGCACACGGACGAGGAGAAGGCCAUCCGGGAGGUGGUGGACAAUGUGCUCUGGCAAAUGGCAGCUGACAGGAAGACCACGGCGCUGAAGCAGCUGCAGGGGCACAUGUGGCGUGCAGCCUAUAUGUCUGGGAAAAUCAAAGGCGAGUUAUACCAGGAUGUCGUUCCUGCCAUCAGGCGCUGGAGACAGCAGGGCCUCAAGGUCUACAUCUACUCCUCGGGAAGCGUGGAGGCCCAGAAGCUGCUGUUUGGAUAUUCUGUCGAGGGAGACCUCCUAGAGUUAUUUGAUGGACAUUUUGAUACCAACAUUGGCCUUAAAGUAGAGAGUAAAAGUUACCAGAGGAUAGCAGAGAGGAUCGGCUGUCCUCCAGAAGAAAUUCUGUUCCUCACAGACGUCACAAGAGAGGCAAACGCCGCAGUGGAAGUGGGCAUGAACGUGGUCGUUGUGGUGAGACCAGGCAAUGCAGAGCUUGCCGAGGAGGAGCGCUCUCACUACAGGCUCAUCUCGUCCUUCAGUCUGCUGCAAGCAACUAGUUCUUCCUGAACAGUUAGGCAGUGAGAGGGUCGCACGGACCCGGAGCUGCUUUUGGGUCAGGUGGAAACUGGGCCCAGGCAAAGACAUCUGUACGUCCAUCGCCGGUCACGUCAACACGGGUCAUCUGUCUAAGGGACACACUGAGGCUUUUUUUUAAUAAACAUUUUUUAAAUAAAUAUUUUAGUUUUGAUCCAUGUCAUCUUGGACUGUUGUGCAGUAUGGUGUAAGUCCUGUAAUCACAAACGUGAUUUGUACGCUGUGCAAGGUUCGAUGGCAUACCACAGCGGCACUAGCAUCACGCGUAAGUGCUAUUCUAGAUGAUGGACUGCCAGAGUAGGAAAAAAACACUCUAAGCGCUGUCUAUUCAUGUUUAUUAAAUUUCAGUUAGUACAGAGAGCAUUUAAUAUCUUUCGUCCUUGUAUUUAAACAAAAAAUUGAAUAAUAUAAUAAUUUUCUUAUACCGCCACACCACCGUUUUUCUACCUAGUUUAACCACAAUGCCUUUUCUUUUAAAAGAUGUGGAGACUUAAAUGCUUGUUGCUUCCAUGAUUUACCAAAACAGCCUCAUGUGGUGUACUCCACUAACCAAACUUAAUAAACAUAAAGAUACGCCGAAUUCAUAUCUAUUACUAAUUUUUGGGCAUCACGAUACACAUUUGUUUAAUAUUUUAGGUAUACUACUAAUACAUUUAUUGAAUUGUGGCCAAAAAUAAUGUUGGUAUAGUGCCGAAAACUUUGAUCUCAAACUCAGUUUGAUUUUCUGGAGAAAAAUUAAUUGUUUAGAUUAAUUGACCAAUCUGUAAAAUAGUUGAUAGAUGAAUCCACAGAAAAAUUGUUGUUAGUGACAGACCUAGUUAGCUUAUUCUGUUUUAAUCUGCAGCUCCCCCCAUAAUGUAUUUUACCAGCAGCACGGUAAUUGAUAUAAUUGAGGCUGAAAUGUCAUAGAUUGAAGUGUGCAUGGAAAAAAGUUUUUGUUGUGAUGAAUAAGGUACAAAACACCCAGAAAAAUGUUUCUUACACAAUUUACUGUUUUUCUCCUUUGGUUUGUGACUUCCCUGAUUUUAGUAAUUCAAUUGCCUGUGCAAACAUGACACUAAGUUGUUUCAUUUGCUUAUCAGACUAAUGCUGCAGGCUACUCUGAACACAUUUGGUCAAAUAAACAUUAAUGAUUCCUUUUUAA